GCAACUGCUUUCCCCUCACUGUGUCAGUCCUUUCUUCCACACAGUAGGGCACAUAUCAGGACUAACUGUGAUACCACCCUCCCACAGCCACUGAGACCCCUUGUAAUUGGGCAGGUCUAGAUACCCUGAGCUCCUCAAUCUUACAACUCAAGACCAUUUGAGAAGGUAGAAGGCAAAGGCUUGGAUCAUGAAGACCUUUGUGAAUAUAGUACUAGGACUUUUUGUUGUGAAAGCAGUUUUUGCUGUUCCAUCAAGGCAAAGAAGACAGGCCUUCGACUUCAACACAUAUGAUGCUGAGCACUAUGAUGUGGAUUUGGAAAACCUCCACUUGGAAAAUCAAGACACCUUCAACUAUGACGAUGAACUUACAAUUGAUGAACCCCAGAUUGAGAUUGGCACCCUGCCACCCCUAGUGAACAGAUAUCAGCAACCCAGCACUUCUGUGGAAGAGGAGGAAGAGGAGCUUCCCCUCAAGCCCCUCACCCCUGCACAGAGCUCUGGGGGAUCGGGACUGCUAGGACCUGACACACAGGCAGGUUUGCCCACCUGCCUACUGUGCACCUGCCUGGGAGGGUCAGUCUACUGUGAUGAUGUGAAGCUAGAAACAGUUCCUCCUCUUCCAAAAGAAACAACUCACUUCUAUGCUCGCUACAACAAGAUUAAGAAGAUCAACAAGUCUGAUUUUGCAGAAAUGAACAAGAUGAAGAGGAUUGACCUGACGAGCAAUCAGAUUUCUGAGAUUGAUGAGGAUGCAUUCAGGAGCCUGCCUCAGUUGGAGGAACUGGUGGUGAGGGAGAACAAGAUCCGCCAGCUGCCUGAGCUGCCCAGUACCAUGACCCUGAUUGACGUCAGCCACAAUAAGCUGGGGAGCAAUGGAAUCAAGAAUGAGGCCUUCAAGGAUAUGCAUAAUCUAAUGUAUCUGUACCUUACUGACAACAACCUGAACCACAUUCCCCUUCCUCUGCCUGAACCUCUGCGGUCUCUUCACCUCCAGAACAACAACAUUCAAAUGAUGCACGAAGACACAUUCUGCAAUUUGAAAAAUGUCAAUUAUAUCCGCAAAGCCCUUGAGGAUGUCAGACUGGAUGGUAAUCCCAUUAACCUCAGCAGGACACCACAGGCUUACAUUUGCUUGCCUCGUGUACCUACAGGACGACUCUAUUAACUCUUUAUCAUUUUCUUUUUUUUAAAUCAAAAUAAAUCAUCUUGUCUGCACCAUCUGAGAAAAGAGCAAUUUUUUCUGUAAACUUUAAAUCCAUUUAUAAUUUAACAACCUUGCACACAUAUCAGUAUUUUUUUCACAUAACAGCCUUCAGUGACCAAUGUUAACAGCAAAUAAUGAUAAUGUUGUAAAAAUGAAAACAGCUGUACUUUAUAUGCAGAAGUUAUAAUCAAUUAUUUUAGAAAUGAUUAGUAAUAUUUGUUCUUUUUGAAAGGUAAUAUUGAAUGUCUUUUGAAAUAAAAAAGCAUUAUGCAAAAAACUUUGUAAAGUCUGAAAUAUAAACACAAUUCUCUUAAGUAAUAAUUAACUUUUUUUAAUGUCAACUACAACACUGGUUAUAUACAGUGCAAAGACUAUAUAUUUACUGUAUAAGCACGCACAGCAGCUGAUACACGUAUUGGCUCUAUUAAAGCUUUGUGUGACUGAAGGGGUCAGAGGUGGGGCAUGGAGUUAUUGGUAGUUAUGGCCUAUGUGUGUGCUCUGUAAUUAUUGCAAAUAUUAUAUUGAUGUUAUUUCAUUGAAUAAAAUUGUUUGAAGGACCUCUCCACAAACAGGAGUGGCUAAACUUUUUUAUUGUUAGCUAACUCCGAGAAUGCUCCGAAAUAACAAAAAAACAGAAUUUCUAAAAACAAUAAAAAAUAGAUUAAU